CCUCCUCCCCGGCCGCCGCCGCCGCCGCCGCCGCCGCUCUGUGUUUGUGUAUGUGGAAUGCGGGUCAAGCGGAACUCGAGGCUAAAACUGCGCUUCACAUCAAACUCAAACACCGGCUCGCAUCGGCCUGUCGGGCUCUCGUCCGUACGCCGGAGCUCCGCAGACAGACGACGAUGAAGAGAAGCAGGCACCCCAGCAGCAGCGAUGACUCCGACAAUGGAAGUAAUUCGACCUGCUGGUCCCAACAUUCGUCACAGCCGAGGAGAGGGACCGGGCAGAAACCCUCCGAGGUUUUCAGGACGGACCUGAUCACCGCCAUGAAGGUGCACGACUCGUACCAGCUGAACCCCGAGGACUACUACAUCCUCGCCGACCCGUGGAGACAGGAGUGGGAGAAGGGCGUCCAGGUCCCCGUCAGCCCCCAGUCCAUCCCACAGCCUGUCGCCAGAGUGCUGGCAGAGAAGGGAAAGGAGGUCAUGUUCGUCAGGCCAAAGAAGUUGAUCCGGACGUCGGGCACCGAGGCGUUGGGCUACGUGGACAUCCGGACGCUGGCGGAGGGGAUGUGCCGCUACGACCUGAACGAGGAAGACGUGGUCUGGCUGCACAUCGUCAACGCGGAGUUUGCAGAGAUGGCCAUGCCGCCGUUGGACGAGAUCACCAUGGAGCGGGCGAUGGAGGAGUUUGAACACUGCUGCCACGAAAACAUGACGCACGCCAUGGAGACGGAGGAGGGGCUCGGCAUCGAAUACGACGAGGACGUGGUGUGUGACGUCUGCCAGUCGCCCGACGGGGAGGACAACAACGAGAUGGUGUUCUGCGACAAGUGCAACAUCUGCGUUCACCAGGCGUGUUACGGCAUCCAGAAAGUGCCAAAGGGCAGCUGGCUGUGCCGGAUCUGCGCCCUCGGCAUUCUGCCAAAGUGCCAGUUGUGUCCCAAGAAGGGCGGAGCCAUGAAGCCGACCCGAAGUGGAACCAAGUGGGUCCACGUCAGCUGUGCCUUGUGGAUUCCAGAGGUGAGCAUUGGGAAUCCAGAGAAGAUGGAGCCAAUCACCAACGUGUCCCAAAUUCCCAGCAACAGAUGGGCUCUGAUCUGCUGCAUGUGCAAAGAGAAGACCGGAGCAUGUAUACAGUGCUCAGCGAAAAACUGCCGGACUGCCUUCCACGUGACAUGCGGCCUCCACGCCAGCCUUGAAAUGAACACCAUCCUCACAGAGGACGAUGAGGUCAAGUUCAAGUCCUACUGCCCCAAACACUCGGGGCUCGAGGGCGCCGAGUCCAGGGAGCGAGACUCGGGAGGCGAGGAGGAGAGGGAGAGCACCAGAGACAAGAAGGGCAAGAGGAGAGGCAGGGUGAGAGUGGAGGAGGACGCCGCCUCGUCCUCCUCGUCUUCCUAUGUGGCUCCUCAGCUCAUCAACAGAGCACCCAGCGAUCUAGAGGGGUUCAGCAGCCGCCAGCAGGAGAAGAGAGUCAACCUCCGCAAGCUGAAGCUGGAGGCAAUGGAGGAAGACUUCUACCAGUUUGUGGAGGUGGAGGAGGUGGCCAGUCACCUGAAGCUGGCGCCGGAGGUGGUGGACUUCCUCUACCAGUACUGGAAACUGAAACGCAAAGCCAACUUCAACCAGCCGCUCCUCACGCCCAAGAAGGACGAGGAGGAGAGCCUGGCACGCCGCGAGCAGGAGGUGCUGCUGCGACGCCUGCAGCUCUUCACGCACCUCCGGCAGGACCUGGAGAGGGUUCGUAACCUGACCUACAUGGUGACCCGGAGGGAGAAGAUGAAGCGCUCGCUGUGGAGAGUCCAGGAACAGAUCUUCCAGCACCAGGUUCGCCUGCUCGACCACGAGCUGCUCACAGGUGAUCCUUCAGAGAAGGAUUUGGAGAAGCUCUUCUCUCUGGACUGGUUAUCCUCUCAGGGCUCCCAGUCUCGCUCCUCUUGGAGCAGCUCUGGACUGAAAACCAAACGGGGGUCUUCAAAGCAGGAAAAAAGGAAAAGCGGCGACAGAAAAGGCCUCUCUGACGCCCCGCACACUCAGAAGGACAAUCUGAGCAAACCACUGGAGACAAAGGAUAGUAAAGGCUCCCGAAUCAGAGAGUCUGCACCUGCUGAGGCCACAAGCGACGCCAAAAUCCCAAACUCCCAAAUCAUCCAGGAGACUCCGUUCCCAAAGCUUCAGAAGCCGGAAGUGGUUCAGGAAACGCUCACCGUCAAAGUGCAGAAAGCCGAGAGCAGGAAAGGCCCGAGGAGGGACGCAGAACACGAGGCGCUGGCCAGACGGAAACGAGACGACAGCGAACAAGAGGAGAGGAAGAGGAAGAAGAGGGGCAACGGGAUGGAAAGUUUCCCGAGCCAGGGAAAGAACCGGUUCGGCUCAAAACAUCUGGAGAAAACCGUUUCCAUCAGGCUGGUAGACAUCAGGAGCUCAGACACCGACGACUACCUACUGGACGAAGGAAUGACCAAAAGAAGCCCCGUCUCUCUGGAUGUGACGACCAACACUAAACCCAACAGAGCCGGCGCGGUCCCGGACGCCGCCGCCGCCGCCAGAGCCAACGGCUGGCUGAGGAGAGCCCACGCAAACAGCUCACACGCGUCCAACAGAACCACGGCCGGACACCUGAAAGGCUGGGGGAAGUUCAGGAUCCCGAAGAGGAGCGAGAGGCCUCUGACGAUGAAGGAGGAGGUGGAGGAGGAGCCGGAGGAGGAGGAGGAGGUGGAGCACCGCAAGCCGCUGCUGAGGCCGCUGACCAACACGCCAGAGCCGCAGUACCCCAGGACCAGACUCCGCACGGGGACGGAGAACGACGGCUACGCGUCCGACUCCAAACCGGGCGACGGCGAGAUGGAGCCCUGCUUGAAACGAUGCCACUCCCACCAGCUGAGGGGGGACUCGUCUCUCGGUCGGCGCUACGGGUCUGACAUCAUCCGCCGAGGCGUGCUGGCCUCCUGAUGGCGGAGCAACACUUGUUGAAAAAUAAGCUGCACUGUGUUGGUUGGAAAAAGAACGACGGUCGCUCUUUGUACCUUUAUUUUUGUGGAUGAAUCGUAAAAAAAAAUAAGAAAAAAAAAUAUGCCUAGAUUAAAAACAGAGCUGAUAUUUAUUUUUUAUUUGUAUCAUAUGUAAAUCUGGGAAAUAUUUUACUUUUUUGUUUGUUUUUUUUUGGAGCUAGUUUUUAUUAAUUUUUUUUUUUUCUCCUUAAAAGUAGAAAAAAAUGUCAAGUUGCCACUUAAACGCUCGCUCAGAUAUUUACAAGCAAAAAGCACCAACUUGUUGUGAGUUGUGAUUGUUGCUUGGGACCAUAAGCUUGCAAUGUCAUUUUUUAUUUUUAUUUUUUUAAAUAGUAUUAAACUCAGUUUGCACUUAGUCGAACAAGCCGGCGCAGAUAAUGUUCAUCCCGUCGGCUGGGAUAGGACUGUAGGUCUUUUUAUUUUCUAUUUUCUAUCAAGCUUCAUCAGAUGUUAAAUGGCUACAAACAGGAAGUUAAACUGCCCUUUUAGCCCUUCGCUAUUUAAACUCCAGCUGUCAUCACUUCUUUCAGUCUGCGAUUGUUGGACAUUUAUGAACUGGGAAUCUACAAACAAACAAACAAACAAACAAACAAAAGGAAUUCCGAAUGACGUUUUACUUGUCAUCAGCACUUAAGUGUAAUUGAACUGCGAUCGUAUCGUAUCCAUCAUGUGCCUAACUUUUAUUUGAAGCGUUUGCACUACGAGAGGACGGCACAGGUGUGAGGUAUGAGUAGAGUUAUUUUUACACUGAAAAAUGGAAAAAAAAGCGUUUUAUACCCUCGGCCGCUGCUGUACUACUGUUAUGCAAAAUGAAACUUGUUUUUGUCUUUUGUCUUAAAGAGGAAUAAAACACUCUGAAGGACUCGA